AUGCGCCGGGGCCACUGCUACGUGCCCGCGGCCUGGGCGUCGCCCCGGGACCCGCCGAGCCUCGGCGACUGGGCCGUGGAGCAGCGGCUGCUGCGGGAGACGGGGCGGCUCCUCGAGCGGCGCGCCGCGCGCCUCGAGACCGUCGGCUUCAACGUCGACGACCGCGACUGGCGGAAGCGCAUCUUGCCGCCCGACGACGAGGCCGAGGCGCCCGAGGACGCGCCGAAGAAGCCGCGCAAGGCGAAGAGCGCGAAGAAGAAGGAGGAGAAGCCGCGGCGCUCCAAGGGCGAGAAGUCGCCGAAGCGGCGCGCGUCGAAGAAGGACCGGAAGAAGGCCGGCGACGCGCCGCCGGCCGCGCCGCCGCCGCCGCCGCCGGCCGCGCCGCCGGCCGCGGCGGCCCGGAGCGUGUCGUCGCCGAGCCUCUUCUGCGCGCCCGAGGAGCUCCCGCCGCCCGGCGACGACGGCGCGUGCUCGUCCUGCGCGCGCGGCGCCGCGCCGCAGGCCUCCUGGUGGUCGUCGGAGCGGUCCCGGGACGCGCCGCGCCGCGAGCAGCCGCGCACGGAGGCGUCGACCUUCGAGGUGUCGCUCUUCGGCUACGUCCUCAUGAAGCUCGACCGCGUCGCGAGCUACGGCGACGAGCCGGCGGGGUCAGCCGUCGUUCUCGGGUCGGCCGCCAUGUCCGCGACGGGGCCGAAGCCGCCGCCGCCGCCGCGGAGCAAGAAGUCGCGCAAGCCCGCGCCGCGGCCGCCGAGCGACCGGAGCAACCAGCUCGACCCGCUCGGCGACCCCUACGGCGCCGCGCCGAGCAUGGCGUCGAACCCCUACGGCUUCGACAGCUACGCGCCGCCCAAGGCGAAGCCGCCCGGCGGCGCCUACGCGCCGCCGCAAAAGCCCAGCGGCGACCCCUACGGCGGCGCCGGCGGCGCCUACGGCGGCGACAGCCACCGGUCGGGCGCGCCGUCGACGUACGACGCGCCGAGCUACGGCCUGCCGUCGCCGACGCGGAGCGACCUCGGGCCCGAGGAGCCCGUCGCGCCGCCGCCGGAGCCGAAGAAGAGCCUGCUCGAGAUGGAGCCGGAGACGGUCAUCGGCGAGACGCUGAGCAUCGAGGGCAAGCUCCGCUUCGAGCGGCUGCUCCGGCUCGACGGCAAGUUCGAGGGCGAGCUCAUCUCCGAGGGCGACCUCAUCGUCGGGCCCCAGGGCGAGCUCGUCGGCGACGUCAAGACCAUGAGCGACAUCGUCGUCUUCGGCAAGGUCAUCGGCAACAUCGCCGUGGACCGCGUCGAGCUCUGCGGCUCCGCGUCGAUCUACGGCGACAUCACGUGCAAGGUGCUGCUCAUGGACCCGACGGUGGUCCUCGUCGGCAACCUGAACAUCAACCCCUUCGCGCCGAACAAGAUGGCGCCCGACGGGUCCGAGGUCGGCGGGCCCAAGCCGGAGAAGGCGCCCGAGGAGCCCGCGGCCGCGGCCGACGUCGAGGGCGCCAUGUUCGACGACGCGCCCGCGGCGGAGCCGGAGGAGGACGCGCCCGCCGCCGACGCCGCCGAGCCGCCGGCGGCGGCGCCGGCCGUCGACCCCUACCUCGAGCCGUCGCCCGCGAAGCCCGCGGAGCCGCCGGCGGAGCCGCCGGCGGAGCCGCCGGCGGAGCCCGCGCCCGAGGAGCCGCCGGCGCCCGAGCCCGCGGGCGACGAGCCGGCCAAGGCCGACGAGCCGCCGGCGGCGGAGGAGCCGCCGUCGGCGGCCGACGACGCCAAGGAGGACCCGGCCAGCAACGCGGCCGCGAGGAUGGUCAAGCGCGGCGGCGCGCGGGCGGAAGCGGCGUCGACGAUCGCCGGGCACUCCGGCGCGGCCGAGCACACGGUCUGCUGCGAGUGCCAGGCGACGCGCGCGGACACGGCACCCAAGGCGAUGCAGCUUUGA